AUGCGCAAGGCCCCUUCCCUGCCCCCGCAGCCCUGGCCGCGGUCCCCGUGUUCCCCGCGCGCCGCGCGGCACUCGGUGCUCGCCCCCUGCCCCAACCCCCGAGGCCGGCGGCUGCUCCCACCCGGGGGCGUUGUCAGCCGCGCACCGAGAGGCGAGGGCGCGCACGGGGAGCCUCGGUUAUGCCGCCGCCGCGCCGCCCUCCGAGGCUGCGUCCCGGGAAGCCCGGCUCCCCGAGCUCUCCGGCCUGGCCUGGUGCCCCGGACCUGA